GCUUUUUAACUGUUCCUCUUCCUUGCCUUCCACCACCAUUUGGCUGAAAGUCAAGCACCUAUGGGAAUGCUGUUAGCUCUGGGAGAGGAGCUCCCAUGGGUGUCAAUGGAGGUGUUGGCUGGGCACCCAAAAGAGGACUUGGAGCCCUGCAAUGUCUUCUGUCCUUGUCUGUCACCUCGGUGCCAUUCAUGGGCCACUGCUGAUGCAGCGCCAGGAAAGUGGACCUGCACAUGAACGUGAGAUUGUGUAGAAUAGAUAAAAACAAAUGGAAACUCAUAGAAACUUUCAUUUGGGUUGUCUUGUCUAGAUAAUAAUGUUGUCAGCAGGCACUGAAAAGAAGACUGUGAAGGUGCCUGCUUGAUAUUAACAGGAAGGCAGUUCCAAAGGGUUGCUGCCACCAUGCUAAAUGGUUGAGUUCUGACAGAUGCAGUGCAGGUAUUAUGUGGCACCUGUAAAAGUGCCAAUACCUCCAAUUGAAGCAGUCAAGUGGGCACAUAUGGGGUAAGGUGACCUUGUAGGUAAAGAAUGAAUGAGUGUGCAAACUGAGUUGUUGAGUUUCAGGCAGUUGGACUGUUAUACGGAAAUUAGGGGUUGACUUUUACAGCCCAUUUCUCCAUCAAGGGACCCAAUACUCAGUCAGAGAAGAAUGAGGGGAGGGAGGAACCACUUGAGGAAAGCAAAGAAAAUAUUUGUUUUCUGCUGCAAUAGAGUCCCCCCGCCACCGCCAUCACCACCUUGCAAGGAAGUGAGGGGACCCAGAGUAAAAAUGUGCAACAAUUUUUAAAGACUUCAGAAAUGGCCCAGCCAUUAUCCAAGGACCACCCAAAGUCAUCAUACAAGUACCAAGCAUUUUGCAUCUGUUCAAUUGGCAUGCGAAGGUGCCACACACUGUUUUUGGCCCAGAAUGGGGACAGAAUUGCAUGCACUCUGCCAACAUGUGGGAUGGGGAGUUGCCUGUACAAAGGACACAGAACGUGGUUCCACUUGUAAAUCAGACCAUGCUCAGCAUAUUCUUUUUGUCCGACAUGUUUACAAAUCUGUCACUCAGAGAUCUGAGCAAUACAUGCUAAUUGUUUUUCUGGGGCUUGCCAGAACAUCCUUUUGAAAUGGUGAAGACCUUGGUGUCAGAGUUUAUUGACACAGACCUGUCUCUUUUCCAAUACAGUAAUUUGUAUAAUAAGACCAGUUGUGGGGCUCCAUUGCAUAAAAAGUGAAAUGCAUUGUUAGUUUUUCUGGAGGGAUAUGGAAAAGCUUAAUGCUGAAUAGUUUUCCCCUUUCAGGCAUUUUUUACGUCCCCUGUCCCUUCACGUCCUGCUGCCAUCCUGCAGCCGCCUCUCAUCUCAACAAAGCCACACAUUCUGGAUCCGUCAUGGCCUCAGCCCCCCCAUCCACGGAUGUAGGAGAGGAAGUCUUGUGCCCCAUCUGCCAGGACUUCCUGACAGACCCCGUGACCUUGGAUUGCGGCCACAACUUCUGUCAGGGCUGCAUCACCAAGCACUGUGAAAUACGGGAUGAAAUUGACAUGGGGGACUGCAAGUGUCCCGUCUGCAUGGUCAAGAUCCAGAGCAGAAAUUUCUGCCGCAAUUGGCAGCUGGCAAAUGUAGCAGAAAGACUCAAGCUCCAGAGAAAGCAACUAUGUGAGAAGCACAAAGAAAAACUCCACCUGUUCUGCAAACAAGAUGAAGAAUUGGUGUGUUUGGUUUGUGAGCGAUGCCCAGAACAUAAAUCGCACACUGUGGUUCUCAAGGAAGAGGUUGCCCAGGAAUACAAGACACUCAUCUGUGAUCGCCUGGAGCAUCUGAAGAAAGAGAGAGAGAAAAUUCAGGCUUAUGAAGCAAAAAUAGGAAAAGAAAGCAACAGCCUGCUUAGAAUAACAGAAACUGAGAGGCAGAAGACCAUGGAGAAGUUCAGACAACUGCACCAGUUUCUGGAAGAACAAGAAAAGCGUCUGCUGAAUGAAAUAGAAGAGAUGGAGAAGGAGAUCACAAGAAGAAGGGAGAAGCACCUGGCUGGACUCUCAGAGGAACUCUCCUCUCUUGAAAGGAGCAUCCGGGAGAUGGAGGAGAAGAGUCAGCAGCCAGCGAGUGAACUCCUGCAGGAUGUUAGAAGAACUUUGCAGAGGUGUGAGCGAAGGGGGACAUCUGAAAAUCCACUGACUUUCCCACUAGAAUUGAAGAGGAAGAUCUCAAAAUUCAGGGCUGCAAUUCCCAUUCUAUAUCUUGGGGAGGAAAAAAUAAAAGAUGCUCUGUUAUCUAGACUGCUUCAGAAAGCAAAUGUCACUCUGGAUCCAGACACAGCCCAUCCCUGCCUCAUCCUGUCCGAGGAUGGGAAAAGCGUGAGAAGGGAAUACAAAGAUGAAGCCCUGCCUGACAAUCCUGAGAGAUUCAGUGACUGGCCUUGUGUGUUGGGAUGUGAGGGAUUCACAGCAGGCAGACAUUUCUGGGAAGUCAAUAUGGGAAGUGAGGAAUUGUGGGCUAUAGGGGUCGCAAGGAAGUCUAUGGGGAGAAAGGGCCUAUUCUCCUUAAGGCCUGAGAGAGGCAUCUGGGCUGUGGGAAAGUGGCAUGGCAAAUACAAGGCCUGCACCUCCCCUCAUUGCUCUCCUCUGUCCCUGAGUGAGGAGCCCAGGAGGAUCCGGGUGACUCUGGACUAUGAAGGGGGAUAUGUGUCUCUUUCUGACGCAGACUCAGGGGCUGAACUCCACACAUUCUCAGGAGCCUUGUUCUUUGGGGAGACCCUCCUCCCUUUCUUUUGUCUGUGGGGAUAUGCAACCCACCUCAGGAUCUCCUGUUAAGAGUAGAAUUGACAUCUUUGCAGAUGCCCAGUGAGAGGAGUCAUUCCAGUCACACUUGGAGGAAACGACAAAACAAAAUCUGGGAUUUUCUUUUCCCUCCGCUUUCCCAGAAUUCCUUCUGCAGUGGAGUCCUUAAAGAGAGGGAAACACUUUUAUUGUCCCAAUAAACAAUCUAUUCCUCCAAAGAAUGCACUCGCCACCCCCUGUGAUCCUGGUUCUGUUGUUCACCUUCCUUUCAUGACCAAACCUCCACCAGCUGUUAAAAUGCCCACAUGAUGGCAUUGAUAGAUUACUGGAGAACAACCCCUCCAGGCAACUUUUGCAACUAAAGCUUGUGCAUCUCAGGCAGGAAGGAAAUAAGAAGACUGUCUGUGAGGCCCCAACUUCCAACCCUUUGCAAAUGCAGCCUCCCCAUCUCCACACUUCCUCAGAGAGAAAUCUCACUGAAUCCAGAGUUGAUGGGAGUUGUAGUCCAGCAACUUGGCCAAGUCUGCCCUUUAUAAUCCACAUGGUGUCUUCCCUUUGGCCCCCACCCUGGAUGUGAGAUGUUCCCCCAAAGAGGGUCUUUUCAGUAUCUGUGGAAUGCCCUCCCACCAGAUCACACUUCCCCACAGAGCAAGAGAUCUCUCCCAGCCCCACAGGUGCAGCACCCGUCCGUCAAUAAGGGGGAGAGUUAAGUGUUCAGGGUAGUGGAGAUGUCUCCAAGCCUCUUAAGUCUUUCUGCCUAGCAAAGGGAGGAGACAGUUGCCAGGGGUAACAGGAGGGCUCUCUCAGCCCCUCGAGGGCAGCAGCUAGCAUUCUUGUUCUCUCUUUGGUGGCUAUUGAGGUGCUUCAGAGAAGGGAGAAGACACCCCUUCACCUUCCACCUGCCCCCUCUCUCCAGAUCCACAUAAGUCCAACAACCAGGGCGGGAGGAAGUUCAGCACACCACAGGCCCAGUCUCCCCCUCCUGGAAGGCUGACUCUGUUCCUGCAAAGCAACUAGCAGACCCAAGUGUGUCUCCUGUAACGUCCUGCUUAAAAACCCUGUAACCUUAUACCAAAAAUGUUCUGGUUUACCUCCAACCUGCUUUCAUUGCUCUUCCACCCCUCCAGGCAGCAGUGAUGUGGCAGCAUCGGGGAAGCAUCCCAGAACAAUCAACAAAGCAGAAGAAACCCAGUGCUAAUGCCCUUCUACUGUGUCAGGAACAUGCUGCAGAAUACACCAGCCUGGAGGGACCCUUUACACAGCAAGGGAAGGAAAUCUGCACCUCGGCCCUUUUCCUAAUUAGGGACUGUGGGGUUUCAUUGCUCCAAUGAAGACCACGCUGGGUGCAGUUCUCCAGGGGACCACUUGAUGUCAGCGUUCCACCAUGAGCAAGGCUCUUGUUAUAGUAUCCACCAGAGCUUUCCAAACUUUUCACCUUGCUGACACGCUUUUUAGACAUGCGUCCUUUUGCAACACAGUAAUUCAGUUUUACUAGCAAAAGAGAGGUUCAACCAGGGGUCCUCAAACUAUGGGCCACAUCCGGCCCGCCCGUGUCCUGAACCCGGCCCACCCCCAGGUCACACUGCCUCUAAGCCCAAAUCCUCUGUGGGCUGCGGCGUGUACCUCUCUGCCUUGCCCACCUCACAGGGCUGUUGUGGGAUGCAAAGGCGGGCAAGUUCCACAGGAGCAGGGUGGGAGGGGAUCCCGGGUGGCCGUGCCAGCUGCUCCUUUCCUCCAGCCCCGCCGCCUCUGCUAGCCCCGCCCUUCUCCGCACAGGUACUUCUGCUGGCCGCAAUACUCUGCGCGGAGGCUGCUUGGGCUUGCAGUGGGGGCACAGAUGGGAGCCGAGCAGCGCAGCGCUGUCUUGCCCA